AUGGGUGUGAACUCUAACAGAGUAGAACACUUUGAUAACCAUGAAACCAUUUUCAGAAUCCAAACCCAGACACCAUCUUUAGAAAUUCAUGCAGUGCAGUUGCCACCACAAAGAACCACCCUCCACAAACUCAGACACAGAGUCUCUGAAAUCUUCUUCCCCGACGACCCUCUCUACCGUUUCAAGAACCAAACUUGCUUCAAAAAGUUCAUCCUAGCACUUCAAUACUUCUUCCCCAUUUUUCAAUGGGCCCCAAACUACAACCUCACCCUUCUCCGCUCUGAUCUCAUAUCUGGCCUCACCAUUGCCAGCCUCGCCAUUCCUCAGGGGAUCAGUUAUGCUAAGCUUGCAAACUUGCCACCUAUUAUUGGACUAUAUUCAAGUUUUGUGCCGCCAUUGAUAUACUCUCUGCUUGGAAGUUCUAGACAUCUUGGUGUUGGACCUGUUUCUAUUGCGUCUUUGGUCAUGGGAUCAAUGUUAAGUGAAAAAAUCUCUUACAGACAAGACCCUAUUCUGUAUCUUGGAAUGGCUUUCACAGCCACUUUCUUUGCUGGUGUGUUCCAAGCUUCUCUGGGUAUACUAAGAUUAGGGUUCGUAAUUGAUUUUCUAUCGAAGGCAACUCUGGUUGGAUUCACAGGAGGUGCUGCCAUUAUUGUGUCACUGCAGCAGCUGAAAGGUUUACUUGGAAUAGUGCACUUUACCAGCAAGAUGCAAAUAGUUCCUGUGAUGAUCUCUGUUUUCAACCAAAGGCACGAGUGGUCAUGGCAAACCAUUCUUUUGGGAUUCGGCUUCCUGGCAUUCCUGAUGACAACAAGACACAUUAGCUUGAGGAAACCAAAACUCUUCUGGGUUUCAGCCGCUGCCCCAUUGACAUCAGUUAUUCUGUCAACCAUUUUAGUCUUUCUUCUGAAAAAUAAGACUCAUCAAAUUUCAAUUAUUGGACACUUACCAAAGGGAGUUAAUCCACCUUCAUCAAACAUGUUAUUCUUCAAUGGUCCCUAUUUGGCUCUUGCUAUCAAAACUGGAAUUAUCACAGGGAUCUUAUCUCUGACUGAAGGAAUUGCAGUAGGUAGAACAUUUGCAUCACUCAAGAACUACCAGGUCGAUGGAAACAAAGAAAUGAUGGCUAUUGGUCUAAUGAACAUAGCUGGCUCUUGUUCUUCAUGUUAUGUUACAACAGGAUCCUUUUCUAGAUCAGCUGUUAACUACAAUGCCGGAGCACAGACAACAGUUUCAAAUAUAAUCAUGGCUGCAGCUGUUCUAGUGACCCUUUUGUUUCUCAUGCCUCUGUUCAACUAUACACCAAAUGUUGUCUUAGCGGCCAUUAUCAUCACUGCUGUGAUUGGGCUAAUAGAUUAUCAAUCUGCGUAUAAAUUGUGGAAGGUUGACAAACUUGAUUUCUUGGCAUGUCUGUGCUCCUUUUUUGGGGUUCUGUUCAUCUCAGUGCCCCUAGGCCUUGGUAUAGCGGUUGUCAUAUCAGUCAUCAAGAUCCUGCUUCAUGUUACUCGACCAAACACUUUGGUUUUGGGGAAUAUACCAGGAACUCUAAUAUUCCACAACAUAAACCAAUACAAAGAAGCUUCAAGAGUUCCUUCAUUCCUCAUUUUGGCUGUUGAGUCUCCAAUCUAUUUUGCUAACUCAACAUAUCUUCAAGAAAGGAUACUGAGGUGGGUCCGAGAAGAGGAAGAACAUAUAAAAGCUAAUGAUGGAGCUUCAUUGAAGUGCAUAAUUUUAGACAUGACAGCUGUCACAGCCAUAGACACAAGUGGGCUUGACACUUUAUGUGAACUUAGAAAGAUGCUGGAGAAGAGAUCACUUCAGCUUGUGUUGGCAAAUCCUGUGGGAAAUGUGGUGGAAAAAUUGCACAAAUCAAAAAUUUUGGAUUCCUUUGGAUUAAAAGGAGUCUAUCUCACAGUAGGUGAAGCUGUGGCUGACAUUUCCUCGAUCUGGAAAGCUCAGCCUUGA